AUGAGCGGCCAGAGCAGCAACUCUGGAGCACAGAAGGCUCGUGAUAGUUUCGCAUCUAUCCUCAGCUAUUACGAAAAACAUGUUCCGGCUGAUGAAGCCCCUGAAUUUGUGAAAAGGGUCUCCUCAGGUGAAAUCCAGAUAGGAGUGAGGAAGGGUGAUGUUCCGUCCGCAGAACAAGGAGCAGAGUUAAAGAGAGCUCUAGACGAGGCUCUAAAGACACAAGAUGCCAUCGAGAACCUUUCCAACGCCGAGAAGGAACUUAUGACCCAAGCGGCACGAGCGAGUCUUCGAUCUAGGAAGCAAAAAAGGGGCAAAUAA